AUGGUUCCCAGCGCAUCCGCACGGCGACUUCCCAGCCGGAUCGGCUCGGGAUACUAUCGCCUGGUUAACCAGGUCGAGGAGUCUCAGAAGGCGCGUAAAGACCUCGAGAUCGCGCUCGCAGCACUUCGACAAGAGAGAGACAGUCUGGCAGCGCAGGAGAGGUUGUCGAACUUCGCGUCCCUACUCCCUUCAACCCUGGGUCAUAAACGAACGCGCUCUGAGCCCGAUUCUCCAGCUCCGCCUGCUCGCGUCUCCAAGGCUGCUCGAUCAACUCCAGGUCCCUUCUCGACUAGUGCUUUGAGUGAGGGUCCUGCAUCUAGGUCCUCGAUCGAGGUGUUGUCUGCCGUAGCUGCCGACCAGAAGGCUGAGGAGCCGGUGUCGCCCCCUUUGUUCGCUGGCCUUCCUGAUCCUCCUCCUCGAUCUACUCGAUCUACCACACAGGAUGUAGCGGAGGUGCCUCGUCCCUUUCUGCAGAAUCCGAGAAACGACAGUGGUUCUCCGGAGUUGAGUCGUGUCCGGGACCAGUUUGGAAUGCCAUCUAACCCUCUAUUGGAUGCUGAGCUGGCGGAUCUACCGCCUACCACGGUUCCCCGAUCGGAGUGGAUCCCCGGUUAUCGUGACCGUCGUAGCUUCCGCAGUCAUGAUAUCGUCCCUUGGUCUGCGCAGGAUAUUCGACAGACAAGCAUCUGGCGAGACGAUCUAGUGGACGAGAGUAACGUACGCAACUUGAUCGAGUCCUCUCCGUGGGAGAUCCUUGCUGCCAAGAUCGAUCCUCUCACGUUCCAAGGACGAGGUUGGUUCCGACACAUGAUGCGAAUCUACGCGUCCUACGAGGAUGAGCAUCUUCGGGCUUAUUGGGAUUCCAUUCACGCAUUUCCGCAGCGUCGGUCCAGAACCGGCGCCCGGUGGAAACCGUUCCUCCAACAGGUGCUGAUCGGUUUGCUCCGGGGUUACUGUGACCUGUUGCUGGAUCCCUUCUUCCUGCAGUUCCCUCGGCCCGACGAGGCGGGUGCUUGUUAUCCUGGCGUUAAAGACGGAGCUGAUCCUGCCGAUCUACUGGAGGUGUUGGCUAUCACGGACACUGCCGAUCGCUGGCGCAAUCACUAUCGUGACGCACCAGGGGACCACCCGGCGCUUGGGAUCGCUCGCUUGCCCCUGGCAAGUUCGUGUCAUCCUCUUCCUAAUUACAUCCUGCCGUUAUGUGUUCGGUAG